UACUAUGGGUGGGACCACUCUGGAGGAAGAUCCCAGUGCACGACUUUAAUGGAAACUCCUGCAACUUUCUUUCCCACAACUCUGAUUCAAACUAUUGCAUUCAUGAACUGCACAUAGAGCAGCUCAGCACUAGUGGAUCUAUUUGUAAGCAAGCUUGAGGAGAACCUGGUGAAUCAUUGAAACCCCAACAAAGCGAGUGGUUUCCUCCAAAGCGUUGCACCAUGUGGGUCCCCAACCUGGCAGCCCUGGUCCUCCUGGCCACGACAGCGGCCGCCGCCACCUCGGCCUCACCAGACCAGGUCCUGAGUAAACACGCCACCACCCUGGCCGACACCAGUGCAAAGCUGGCUUUCAGUCUCUACCAGAACAUGGCCAAGGAAAAAAGCGUGGAAAACAUCCUCAUAUCCCCCGUGGUUGUGGCCUCCACUCUGGGGCUGGUGGCUCUAGGGGGCAAAGCUGCCACUUCCUCCCAGGUGAAAACCCUUCUGAACGCGGCUAAAGUCAAAGACGAGCAGCUGCACUCUGGGCUGGCAGAGCUCCUGACCGAGGUGAGCGACCCCAAGACCCGCAAUGUCACCUGGAAGAUCAGCAACCGCAUGUACGGACCCAGCUCCGUCACCUUCGUGGAGGAUUUUAUCAGGAGCAGCAAAAAGCACUACAACUGUGACUACUCCAAGAUAAACUUCCACGAUAAGAAGAGCGCCGCGAGCUCCAUCAACGAGUGGGCGGCCAAGUCUACCGAUGGCAAGCUCCCCGAGGUCACCAAGGUUGUGGAGCAGACUGACGGGGCAAUGAUCGUCAAUGCCAUGUUUUUCAAACCUCACUGGGAUGAGCAGUUCCAUCAUCAGAUGGUGGACAACCGCGGAUUCAUGCUGCCCCGUAGCUACACUGUUUCAGUACAGAUGAUGCACCGCACAGGACUCUAUGGCUUCUAUGACGACAAAACCAACAAGUUAACUCUGCUUAGCAUGCCUCUGGCUCAUAAGAAGUCCACUGUGGUGGUCAUCAUGCCCCACCAAGUGGAACCUCUGCAGAGGCUGGAGAAGAUGCUCACCAGGAAGCAGCUGGAUACGUGGAUGGGCAAACUGCAGCAGACGGCGGUGGCCGUGUCUCUGCCCAAAGUCACCAUGGAAGUCAGUCACAACCUGCAGAAACACCUCGGGAAGCUGGGCCUGACGGAGGCCGUGGACAAAUCCAAAGCUGACUUGUCCAAAAUCUCUGGGAAGAAGGAUCUCUACCUGGCCAGUGUGUUCCACGCCUCGGCCAUGGAAUGGGACACCGACGGCAACGAGAUGGACUUGAGCCUCUUUGGCACGGACAAACUGAAAGACCCCAAACUGUUCUACGCCGACCAUCCUUUCAUCUUCCUGGUGAAGGACCAGAAGACAAACUCCAUACUGUUCAUAGGCCGGAUGGUAAGGCCAAAGGGCGAUAAGAUGAAGGAUGAGCUGUAACCUCAUUCACUUAAAAGCCUCGCUGCGUGCGUGUCUCUAUAUUUCCGACUGCGACAGAAGUGGGAAAUGAAAGCGCAUUCCUUCACGUCACAUGCCAACAACAUUCCACAACACAUGGCUGAAGACAUGUAAACAUUUGAUCCUGUGUUUUGGUGAGCAAAGCAUUUUUUUACUGUCCUUUCCUCUUUUAUCUUGAAGAAUUUGAGAUAUCAUUUUUUUUGUCCCAUUACAAUGUGGACAUAAGACUUACAUUAAGUAUGAUUUCCCUUAUUAGCCCCUAAAAUUCUGUUGUCUUAACAAUGUUUGUAAAAGGUGUACACCUACCAACUUCUGGAGAGAUUUGAUGGUGCUUGUUGUAUGUUUCAUUUUGUAAGCACGGCGGCUUUAAUUUGUCAACCCUGAGGAUAUUAAUAUUUGUUUACCCAUCCUUUGCACUGCUUUCUGCCACGAGUAUUUAUGCUACGUUGCUGUUUUUCUUAGUGUUGGCUCUUCUUUAAUGCACUGAACUACAUUGGCAAACACACCAAAGCAUGGCAGAUUUAAACACAACAAUUUAUAACACAUUUUUUAGACAUGCAUAGUUUUAGACUGUUACAAAUUUCCAGUUUUUGCAAUAAAAGCGUGGGAAGAAACAUGG